AUGUUUGUGGGACUUCUCACAAGACGCAAUCUACGACCCUUGCAGUCACUCGCCCGGAAACAAAGCCAGUUGGACACGUUUCGGAGCCGCAUGUCUUAUUCGACUUUCUCUGGAGUGCCUGAGGCACCAAAGGACCCCAUCUUAGGUCUGAAUGAGCUUUUCCGUGAGGACCCUUCACCCCUUAAAGUAAAUCUGGGCGUCGGUGCGUACCGCACGGAAGAGAACAGGCCAUACGUGCUCGGUGUUGUGAAACGAGUCGAACAAGAACUAGCAAAUAAUCCGAAUACCCUGCACGAGUAUUUGCCGAUCGAAGGCUUACCUGAAUUUCGCUCCCUGUCAGCUCGCCUCGUAUUUGGGGAGCGCUCACCGGCGCUCAAAGAGCAGCGAGUUGUCUCGCUACAAAGCCUGUCGGGAACAGGCUCGCUUCGCCUGGUCGCAGAGUUCCUCAGCAAGUUUUACCAGCGCGGCGCAGUCUGUUAUCUGCCGCGCCCGACCUGGGGGAACCACUGGAACAUAUUCCCAGCGGCGGGCAUAAAGUGCCGCGAGUACCGGUAUUACUCAGACGAGACCCAUGAGGUCGACAUCAUCGGUCUCCUGGACGACCUAACUGCUGCACCGUCGGGCUCAAUCGUGCUCCUUCACGCGUGUGCACAUAAUCCGACGGGAGCAGACCCUUCCAUGACACAGUGGCAAGAGAUCUUGGACGUCAUCCGAAAGAAACAACAUUUUCCGUUAUUUGACUGCGCUUACCAAGGCUUCGCCUCGGGCUCUUUUGAGCGCGAUGCGGCAGCUGUUCGCUUGUUUGAACGCGCUACAGUACCGGCUUCCGAAGCGGAUGGUGCCAGAGAGCGACCCAUGGAGAUGGCGGUGACGCAGUCGUUUGCGAAAAAUAUGGGACUUUACGGAGAGCGCGUCGGCGCAGCUCAUAUUGUCUGUGCUGCUCCGGCAGUAACGCAAGCCGUGCUCAGCCAAAUGAAGCAGAUAGCGCGCGGGCUCUAUUCGAGUCCACCGGCACAUGGUGCGACGAUAGCAGCGAGAAUUCUGAAAGAUCGUGCGCUUUUUGCGGAAUGGGAAACCGAAGUGCAUGUGAUGAGUAGUCGUAUUCUACGCAUGCGUCGUGAGCUCUUUGAGGCGCUGCAUGAAAACAAAACGCCCGGAAAUUGGGAGCAUAUUCUCUCCCAAAUCGGCAUGUUCAGUUUCCUGGGGCUGAGUGCGGAACAAUGCCUUUAUCUCCGGGAAAAGUACCAUAUAUAUAUGACGACGAAUGGGAGAAUAUCAAUGGCCGGUCUCACUUCAGACAAGGUACAGUACCUAGCGGAUGCUAUCAGGGAUGCAGUCGUGCGUGAGGCCGAAAAGUUUGAGCAUCAAUCCGGCAUUCAAGCUGCGCUAAACAGCGGUAAGAUAUAA